UGCCAGGCAGUGAGGUCACAGCCAUCUGCAGAGCCAUGACCAGUGGUUGGAGACACCAUGACCCCCACCCUCACAGCCUUGUUCUGCCUGGGGCUGAGUCUGGGACCCAGGACCCGAGCACAGGCAGAAACCCUCCCCAUACCCAGGCUCUGGGCUGAGCCAGGAACUGUGAUACCACGGGGGAAGCCUGUGACGCUCUGGUGUGAGGGGAUCCUAGAGGCCCAGCAGUACUAUCUGGAAAAGGAGAAAAUACCAGUGCCCUGGGAAACAAAGAUGACCCUGGAGUCUGGGAACAAGGCCAAUUUCUCCAUCCCAUCCAUGGCCCAGCACUAUGCAGGACAAUAUGACUGUUACUAUCUGAGCCCUUCUGGCUUAUCACUGCACAGUGACCCCCUGGAGCUGGUGGUGACAGGAAUCUACCGCAAACCCAGACUUUCAGCCCUGCCCAGCCCUGUGGUGCCUGCAGGAGGGAAUGUGACCCUCCAGUGUGGCUCACGGGUGGGAUUUGACAGAUUUAUUCUGACUGAGGAAGGAGAAAACAAGCCGUCUUGGACAGUGGAGUCACAACGAGGCCGCAGGGGACAGGUCCAGGCCCCAUUCCGGGUGGGCCCUGUGACUCCCGGUCACCAGUGGAUAUUCAGAUGCUAUGGCUUUGUCUGGAGCAUACCGCAGGUGUGGUCAGAGCCCAGUGAGCCCCUGGAGCUGGUGAUCGCAGGCAGCACCCUUGGCCAAGUCCUGCAAGGGUACUUGAAGGUCCUGGUCGGUGUCUCCAUGCCCUCCUCCCUGCUGCUCCUCCUCCUCCUCCUCUUCUUUCGAUACUGGCAACAGGAAAGAAGCAGGAAGGCAGAUGCUGCUAUGAAGGACACAGAGCCUGAGGACAGGGCAGAGCUGGACGCUCAGAGCCCACCUGGUGAGGACCCCCAGAGAGUGCCGUAUGCCCAGGAGAAGCACUCAGAACCCGGGAGAGAGGCCUCCCUUCCUUCAACCAUGUCAGGGGAGCUCCUGGACACCAAGGAUGGACAGGCGGGGGAGGCCAGGAAGAUGGACACUGAGAACUCUGUUCCUGAGGGUCCCGAGGACGUGACCUACACCCAGCCGGGCAGCUGGACGCUUAGACAGGGGACAGCUGCACAUCCUUCCUCCCAGGAUGGGACCCUCCCAGCAGAGCCCAGUGUGUAAGCUGCUCUGUUAGAGACACCUAACAGAGACCUCCAGAGAUCCUGAGACCUUCCGAGGCUCACCUGACUCUAGUCAGAGAGAGCUCACACCUCUGUGCGCUGGAAAUAAAACCAGAGAUUCUUCAAUAA